UCGGAAAUGGCCACGGGAAAGUAGGCGAGUUGCGGGUUAUCGUUUUAGCUUGGCGGGCAAGCUGGCGGACUUUUUCGUGGUAUUCGCGUCCGCGUUUCGACGAAAGCAGGUGGACCUUGGCAGCGAGACGUCCAUGUCCGGACGAGGAUCGGUGUCGAGGAUGCAGUUUAUGCAGUGAAUUUAUACUUCGGUGUUGCCGAUUUGUCGAAAUCUGUUCUCCUUACGAGGAUCAGUGUGAGUUCAGAAUCGAGGAUGCCCGGUGCGGCCAACAAUGAGAUUCACGGGGAGGGGGGCGCGGAUCAAGGCGCGUCGGUGAGGGGGGAACUAUUGCAUUCCAGAGUGGGCGGCAUUCUGGAAUGUGUUCCCUCCGGUAACAGGAAUUUGCCGAGAGACCAAACCAUCGUCAACCCGAUUGCCAUAGGUUUGUGCCGCUAUGGUGCUAGAGCUGCCAGCAGCGGUAUGUCUUUCGUCGAGAUUUGCCAGAUUCGACUGCAGCACCUCUUCCCUCAACUAACACCUCCAACCAGAUACAACUUGUGUGAAGAAUCGAUAGAACUAACCGCAGAAUGUUUGGCUACUGAUGUGAUAAGGUACCUACUAAAAGAGGACAUUUACCUCAUAUCAAGGGAUCCCGUAUCCCGGAGUAUGAGGCACAAUGUCUACCAGAUGCUCAACAAACACAGCAUACUCUUCACCAGCAUGGUCAACCGCUUAAAUGUUGUGCCAGACACGGCUUAUGAAGCCUUCAUGGGAGUUGCAGACGAACUUUUUCUUAAUGGUGGCAUCACGUGGGCCAGGAUAGUCUGCCUCUAUGCGUUCAUGGGAAGACUCGCUCUCUGGGCUAAGGACAGGAGGAUGUACGCACUAAAAAAUAAACUGCCCUUAUAUGUCUCCAGAUACAUCGGAGAAGAAAUAGCUCAUUUCAUCAAAGGCUAUGGCGGCUGGGAGCAGCUGUGUAUAGAGUAUCCAGUCGCAGAAGAGGUGAGCGGAGCAGUUUGGAGAAGUCUUCUAAUGACCGGCGCGACUCUUGGAUUGGUCGCGACGAUUCUAACUGUGACUUCCUGAAACGAAGUCGCGAAAAGACUCGCGCGACGCGUCCGGAGCUAAAAUUUUAUCGCGUACUUAUAUCCUGUGAUCGUACCGUUAAGGAUAUUCUCGAAAGUUGGACAAAAUGUUUGUUCAUGGUAAUAAUACAACUCCUGUGUUGUGAGAAACUUAAAAGGCUGGAGCUAUCACUCUUUGCUUGAAAAGUCACAUUUUUUCUUUUUUUUUUACUUUAUCAGCAAAGAAUGGCAAUACAAGAUCCGCACUACUGCAACUUUUAUAUUUCUACUGAAUUAGUUCAAUUCUGCAGGUUGAGACUAUAUUAGAACAUAAGAAAUCUCUGCGUUUAAGUCAGAACCGAAAUCCGUAGUCGUGACUCGAGUCAGAAAGUUUUGUAGUAGCCUCAAAUUCAGUAUUGCACUCAGAUUACAAAAGGAGGCUUUUAGUUGUAGGGUUAUAGAUUUAUAAAUGCUUACAAAUCAGCGAGUACAAUCGGUCUCGAAUCGACCGAUUCGAGUCGGUCUGAAGUCAAAAAUAAUUGGUAGUCAUGUAGUUGCGACUGGGGAUUCCAAGACUGUUCUCGUCAGCGACGCACCCUCUAUAUAGAGUUCCGUUUGAAACAAAUGUCGAAAUUAUAUUGAAUUUAGGUAGAGAAGCGAUCUAUUUUUAAUUUAUUUUUUGUUUUAUUUAUUCUAGGUAGAAAUAUAUCAAGUAACUAAUUAUGCGAACCGCAACUCGACUUUUAUUGGUUGCGGUAGCAUCACCUUUUUCAAUUUUAUUGCAAAUAAAAAGUAAAAAAAAUCUAUUUUCUACGAUCAAGGACUACAGCGUCUAUAACAAAUGAUAAGUUUACUGUACCAAUGUUGACACCAGAUUUAUAUAAACGUAAAUUUCUAACUUUUGUAUGGUCACUUUACAAAGUCUUUGUACCAAUUCAACGAGGGGAUAAUAAAGAACCUCAAAUCAAAA